GGACAGAGAGAGAGAGAGAGGACGCGCAUAGAUAGAAAAGAGCAAAAGAACGGAGGGACUAUCUCUUUCUUUCCUUUACGCCACCAGUACCAAUACACCCAUUUCCCCCACCGGGACUGAGCGUGGGGAGGGAGGUCCGGGACCUCGGUGCAGCACACACACACACACACACACAUCCACACACAAACACACCCUCUGUGACCACAGUAACUGCAGGCUGCGGCGCGCACUGAGCGGACCGGAGAGACACUGGACACACUUGAAGAUCCCAGACUACAACACACAUAGACGAUCUGCUAAGUGAGAGAGAGAGAAAGAGGGAGCGGCCACACGAAGUUGAGCAGACUCCACCCAGAAAAAAAAGCCAGCGAACCGAGAGACAGCCGAGACCAUAAAAAUGAGUGGUUCACACCCCCGGCUCCACCAGAGCGCCGCGCCCGCUCCCAACGCUCUCUCCACGGACAAGGACGCAGAAAUGCCCGCAACGGAGAAGGACCUGGCCGAGGAUGCGCCGUGGAAGAAGAUCCAGCAGAACACCUUCACCCGCUGGUGUAACGAGCAUCUGAAAUGCGUCAACAAGAGAAUCGGCAACUUGCAGACGGACCUCAGCGACGGGCUGCGGCUCAUCGGGCUCCUGGAGGUCCUGUCCCAGAAGAAGAUGUUCAGAAAGUACAACCAGAGGCCCACCUUCCGCCAGAUGCAGCUGGAGAACGUGUCGGUGGCUCUGGAGUUCCUGGACAAGGAGAACAUUAAGCUGGUGUCCAUAGACUCUAAAGCCAUUGUGGAUGGGAACCUGAAGCUGAUCCUCGGUCUGAUUUGGACCUUGAUCCUGCACUACUCCAUCUCCAUGCCCAUGUGGGACGAGGAGGAGGAGGCGGAUGACAAGCAGCAGAAGACUCCCAAGCAGAGGCUGCUGGGAUGGAUCCAGAACAAACUGCCCGAGCUUCCUAUCACCAACUUCCACAGGGACUGGCAGACCGGCCGGGCCCUGGGUGCCCUGGUUGACAGCUGUGCUCCAGGUCUCUGUCCUGACUGGGACCAGUGGGAUCAGACCAAACCAGUGGACAACGCCCGUGAGGCCAUGCAGCAAGCUGACGACUGGCUGGGAAUCCCACAGGUUAUAACCCCUGAAGAGAUCGUUGAUCCCAAUGUGGACGAACAUUCAGUCAUGACCUACCUGUCCCAGUUCCCCAAGGCUAAACUGAAGCCUGGCGCACCUCUACGACCCAAACUCAACCCUAAGAAGGCCCGCGCCUAUGGGCCAGGUGUCGAGCCUGUCGGUAAUGUUGUGAUGAAGAAGGCUGUGUUCACCGUGGAGACCAUCAGUGCAGGAAUGGGAGAGGUGCUGGUUUACGUGGAGGACCCUGCAGGACACAGAGAGGAGGCGAAAGUGACUGCCAACAAUGAUAAGAACCGCACCUACUCGGUCUUCUACAUCCCUAAAGUCACAGGCAUGCACAAGGUGACAGUUUUGUUUGCAGGGCAGCACAUCUCUAAGAGCCCAUUUGAGGUAGAGGUCGGAAUGGCUCAGGGAGACUCCAGCAAGGCCACGGCCCAGGGACCAGGCAUCGAGCCCUCAGGGAACAUCGCCAAUAAGUCCACCUACUUUGACGUGUACACAGCAGGUGCUGGUGUUGGCGAGGUAGAGGUGAUGAUCAUGGACCCUGCUGGCAAGAAGAACACGGUGACUUGCACCAUCGAGGACAAGGGCAACAGUAGCUACCGCUGCACCUACAAACCCACCCAGGAGGGCCCGCACACCAUCUACGUCACCUUCGCCGGUGGUCAGAUCAGCAAGAGUCCCUUCACAGUCACCGUGGGAGAGGCAUGUAACCCCAGCCUCUGCAAAGCUAAGGGUCGUGGUCUGCAGCCAAAGGGCCUGAGGGUGAAGGAGACUGCAGACUUUAAGGUUUACACCAAAGGAGCUGGCACCGGAGAGCUCAAGGUCACCAUCAAGGGGCCCAAGGGGCUUGAGGAGCCAUGUAAAAGGAAAGAUCUCGGAGAUGGUGUAUAUGGAUUUGAAUAUUACCCCACCACACCUGGAACAUAUACCAUCACCAUCACCUGGGGAGGACAGCACAUUCCCCGCAGUCCCAUUGAGGUCAAGAUUGGCGCAGAGGCAGGCCAGCAGAAGGUGAGGGCCUGGGGUCCAGGGCUGGACGGCGGAGUUGUCGGCAAAUCUGCUGACUUUGUGGUGGAGGCUGUUGGAGACAACGUCGGUACACUGGGUUUCUCUGUGGAAGGUCCAUCUCAGGCAAAGAUUGAGUGUGACGACAAGGGUGAUGGAUCCUGUGACGUGCGCUACUGGCCCACAGAGGCUGGGGAGUAUGCCGUGCAUGUGCUCUGCAACAACGAAGACAUCCAACACUCUCCCUUCAUGGCUGAGAUUGUCAACCCGCCUGGCAAAGACUUCUACCCUGACAAGGUUAAGGCGUUCGGCCCAGGCCUUCAGAGCAGUGGUUUGGCUGUUGGAAAGCCCACUGAGUUCACAGUUGAUGCCAAGCAAGGAGGAAGUGCUCCCCUGAAGAUUUUGGCUCAGGAUGGCGAAGGUACUCCUGUGGAUGUACAGGUUAAGGAUAAUGGCAACGGCACAUAUGCCUGUACUUACACCCCACGUAAACCUGUAAAACACACUGCCAUGGUCUCGUGGGGAGGAGUCAACAUCCCUGACAGCCCAUUCAGGAUGAACAUCGGCGCUGGCUGUCAUCCAAACAAGGUGAAGGUGUCCGGACCUGGGGUGGCCAAGACCGGCCUCAAGGCCUUCGAGCCAACUUACUUCACCGUUGACUGCGCAGAGGCUGGUCAAGGUGACAUCAGUAUAGGUAUUAAGUGUGCCCCCGGAGUGGUGGGCCCCGCAGAGGCUGACAUCGACUUUGACAUCAUUAGGAACGACAACGACACGUUCACUGUCAAAUACACUCCUCCUGGAGCAGGCAGCUACACCAUCAUGGUCCUGUUUGCUGACCAGGCUAUUCCAAUGACGCCCAUCAGGAUCAAAGUGGAUCCUUCUCACGAUGCCAGCAAAAUCAAGGCAGAGGGACCAGGACUCAGCCGCACUGGCGUUGAAUUAAACAAGCCCACUCAUUUCACUGUGAGCACUAAAGGAGCAGGAAAGGCCAACCUGGACUGCAACUUCAGCGCCCCAGUCAAAGGAGAGGCUGUCAAGGACUUUGAAAUCAUCAACAACCAUGACAACACACACACUGUGAAAUACACACCGGUGUAUCAGGGUCAACUGGCAGUUGCUGUGACAUACGGUGGAGAUAACAUUCCCAAGAGCCCCUUCGUUGUUGGUGUGGCCCCAACACUGGAUCUCAGCAAGAUCAAUGUCAAGGGCCUGGGAGACAAGAUGACUGUAGGCAAAGACCAGGAAGUGACUGUCAAAUCAAAGGGUGCUGGUGGUCAGGGCAAGGUCGCUGCCAAGGUGACCGGACCGUCAGGGAAGCCUGUGGCCAGCAAGGUUGAGCCAGGGCUGAGCCCAGAGACCAGUGAGGUGAAGUUCAUCCCGCGGGAGGCAGGGCCAUACCAGGUUGAACUGACCUAUGAUGGCGUGCCAAUCCCUGGAUCACCCUUCAACCCCACAGCGUAUCCUGCCUCAGAUCCCUCAAAGGUACGCUGCUCUGGCCCAGGCUUGGAGCGUGCCAAGGUCGGGGAGAAAGGGGAGUUCAUUGUGGACUGUACCAACGCCGGCCCGGCUGAGCUGACCAUCGAGAUCAUCUCAGACAGCGGCACUGAGGCCGAGGUUCACAUCCAGGACAACGGAGACGGGACCUACACCAUCACCUACAUCCCUCUCUACCCCGGCUCGUACACACUCACCAUCCGCUACGGCGGCCAGGACGUGCCCAACUUCCCUGCUCGGCUCAAUGUGGAGCCUGCGGUCGACGCCAGUGGAGUCCGUGUGUUUGGCCCGGGAGUGGAGGGCAAAGGUGUUUUCCGCGAGGCGACCACAGACUUCACUGUGGAUGCUCGUGCUCUCACACAGACCGGAGGCGACCACAUCAAAACCCUCAUCAGCAACCCGUCUGGCAGCCGUACGGACGCCAUGAUCACCGACCUCAGAGAUGGCACCUACAGUGUAGAGUACACUCCCUAUGAGGAGGGCCCACACAGCGUGGAGGUUUGCUAUGAUGGCUCUCCAGUGCCUAAGAGUCCCUUCCGCGUUGCCGUCACUGAAGGCUGUGAUCCAGCACGUGUUCGCGUGCACGGUCCUGGACUGAAAGGCGGCACCACCAACAAGCCCAACAAGUUCACAGUGGAAACCCGAGGAGCAGGUACUGGUGGUCUUGGUCUGGCGAUGGAGGGUCCAUCAGAGGCCAAAAUGUCCUGCACUGAUAACAAGGAUGGCAGCUGCAGUGUGGAGUACAUCCCAUACGAGCCUGGCACAUACAACCUCAACGUCACCUACGGAGGACAGCCCAUCAAAGGUAGUCCAUUCUCUGUGCCAGUCAGUGACACAGUGGACAGUACCAAGGUGAAGUGCCAGGGUCCAGGCCUGGGAAACAAUGUCAGGGCCAACAUUCCUCAGGCAUUCACAGUGGACGCCUCCAAAGCUGGAGUGGCCCCACUGCAGGUCCGCGUACAAGGGCCCAAAAGUGUGGUGGAGCCUGUGGAAGUGGUGGAUAACGGUGACCAGACUCACACAGUCAACUAUGUUCCCACCAGAGAGGGACCCUAUUCCAUCAAUGUAUUGUACGCUGAUGAGGAGAUACCUCGCAGCCCCUACAAGGUGAAGGUGCUCCCCACCCACGAUGCCAGUAAGGUCCGUGCCAGCGGACCCGGCCUCAACACCACAGGCGUGCCCGCCUCUCUGCCCGUCGAGUUCACCAUCGAUGCCAAAGAUGCAGGCGAGGGACUGCUGGCCGUUCAGAUCACCGACCCAGAGGGGAAGCCUAAGAAGGCCAACAUCCGUGACAACCAUGACGGGACCUACCUGGUGUCCUAUGUGCCGGACAUGACUGGCAGAUACACAAUCCUCAUUAAGUACGGAGGGGAUGAGAUUCCAUACUCACCCUACCGUAUCAGAGCCCUGCCCACCGGAGACGCCAGCAAGUGCACUGUCACAGGCGCUGGUGUCGGCCCAACCAUCCAGAUUGGCGAACAGACAGUCAUCACAGUGGACGCCAAGGCUGCUGGGAAAGGAAAGGUGACAUGCAGUGUGUGCACGCCCGAGGGGGCGGAGCUCGACGUGGACGUUGUCGAAAACGAGGACGGCACUUUCGACAUCUUCUACACGGCGCCGCAGCCUGGCGAGUAUGUCAUCUGCGUCCGCUUUGGAGGGGAGCACAUCCCUAACAGUCCCUUCCAAGUCACGGCAACAGACAGACCAAUGGGAAUGAAUGGUCUGGAUGUAGCAGGGCUGAGACCGUUUGACCUGGUCAUCCCGUUCACCAUUCAGAAGGGAGAGAUCACAGGUGAGGUCCGAAUGCCAUCAGGCAAGGUGGCCAAGCCGGACAUCACAGACAACAAGGACGGCACGGUUACUGUCAAGUACGCUCCCACUGAGGCCGGCCUGCACGAGAUGGACAUCAAAUACGAUGGCAUUCACAUCCCUGGAAGUCCCUUACAGUUCUAUGUGGACUACAUGAACAGUGGUAAUGUCAGUGCCUACGGCCCUGGCCUCAUUCAUGGGACUGUCAACAAGCCUGCUGUCUUCACUGUGAACACUAAAGAUGCUGGAGAGGGUGGUCUGUCUCUGGCCAUCGAGGGUCCAUCCAAGGCAGACAUCAGCUGUCUGGACAACCAGGAUGGGACCUGCACCGUGUCCUACCUGCCCGUCCUGCCGGGAGACUACAGCAUCCUGGUCAAAUACAAUGACAAGCACAUCCCCGGCAGCCCCUUCUCCGCUAGGAUUACUGGUGAUGACUCCAUGAGGAUGUCCCAACUAAAGGUGGGCUCAGCCGCUGAUAUCCCACUGGACAUCGGAGAGCUUGAUCUCAGCCAGCUGACCGCCUCCCUCACCACGCCCUCGGGCCGCGAGGAGCCCUGCCUGCUGAAGAUGCUGCGUAAUGGACAUGUUGGUAUCUCGUUUGUUCCCAAGGAGAUCGGAGAGCAUCUGGUGAACAUCAAGAAGAACGGUCGCCACAUUCCUAGCAGCCCCAUUGCUGUUAUGAUCAGCCAAUCAGAGAUCGGUGAUGCCAGCCGCGUGCGUGUGAGUGGCCAGGGCCUGAGCGAGGCCAGGACCUUUGAGCCUGCAGAAUUCAUCAUCGACACUCGUGAUGCAGGCUAUGGCGGCCUGAGCCUGUCCAUUGAGGGGCCCAGUAAAGUGGACAUCAACACUGAGGACCAGGAGGACGGCACCUGCAAGGUCACCUACUGCCCCACUGAACCAGGGAAUUACAUCAUCAACAUCAAGUUUGCUGACCAGCAUGUGCCAGGGAGUGCGUUCACAGUGAAGGUAACAGGGGAGGGCAGGAUGAAGGAGAGCAUCACAAGGAAGAGGAGAGCAGCAUCAGUUGCCAACGUCGGCAGCCAGUGCGACCUCAGCCUCAAGAUCCCAGAGAUCAGCAUAGCUGACAUGACAGCUCAGGUGACCAGCCCGUCUGGCCAGGUUCACAAGGCUGACAUUAUGGAGGGAGAGAACAACACCUACUGCAUUCGUUUUGUCCCCACUGAGACGGGUGUGCACACAGUGUGUGUGAAAUACAACGGCGUGCACGUGCCUGGCAGCCCGUUCCAGUUUACCGUCGGCCCGCUGGGAGAAGGCGGGUCUCAUAAGGUUCGUGCUGGAGGGCCGGGCCUGGAGAGAGCCGAGGCUGGAGUACCAGCCGAGUUCAGUAUCUGGACGAGGGAGGCUGGAGCCGGAGGUCUCAGCAUCGCUGUGGAGGGGCCGAGCAAAGCUGAAAUCACCUUUGAGGACCGCAAGGACGGCUCCAGUGGAGUGUCCUACAUCGUGCAAGAACCUGGAGACUACGAGGUGUCGAUUCGUUUCAAUGACGAGCACAUCCCUGACAGCCCCUUCAUCGUGCCUGUGGCCUCACCGUCAGACGACUCACGUCGCCUCACUGUUGCCAGUCUUCAGGAGUCGGGUUUGAAGGUGAACCAGCCGGCGUCAUUUGCCGUCAGCCUGAACGGGGCGAAGGGUGUGAUCGAUGCAAAGGUCCACAGCCCAUCUGGAGCCCUAGAGGAAUGUUGCGUCACUGAGAUUGACCAAGACAAGUACGCAGUCCGGUUCAUCCCCAGAGAGAACGGUCUCUAUCUAAUUGAUGUGAAGUUUAACGGAAGUCACAUCCCUGGUAGUCCGUUUAAGAUCAGAGUUGGAGAGACGGGCCAGGCUGGAGACCCUGGGAUGGUGUCCGCCUACGGUGCAGGACUUGAGGGAGGCAGCACAGGAACUGCAUGUGAAUUUGUUGUGAACACAAGCAAAGCAGGCCCCGGCGCUUUGGCUGUGACCAUCGACGGGCCCUCCAAGGUGAAGAUGGACUGUGUGGAGUGCCCCGAGGGCUAUAGGGUCACGUACACCCCAAUGGCUCCUGGCAACUAUCUCAUCUCCAUCAAAUACGGCGGCCCUUAUCACAUCGUCGGAAGCCCCUUCAAGGCCAAAAUCACUGGUUCCAAACUCGUGUCCAGCCACAGUAUGCACGAAACCUCCUCUGUUAUGGUUGACCCUGUGACCCGCGCCAUCAGCUGUUCUCAGCAGGCUGUUCCCACCCAGUCAGACGCCAGCAAGGUCGUGGCCAAGGGCCUGGGCCUGACCAAGGGCUUCAUCGGUCAGAAAAACAGCUUCACUGUUGACUGUAGCAAAGCAGGUCGUAACAUGCUCCUGGUUGGCGUGGAUGGUCCCAAGGUCCCCUGUGAGGAGAUCCUAGUGAAACAUUUGGGCAACCGCAUGUACAACGUCAGCUACCAGCUCAAAGAGAAGGGAGAGUACAUCCUGGUGGUCAAGUGGGGCGACGAACACAUCCCCGGCAGCCCAUACCACAUCACUGUCUAA